AUGUCCUUUAGCAUAACUUGGAACUCUGUUGUUCCUUCCUUUCUCUUUACUGUAUUCUCAUUACUUUCAUUUUUCAACUUUUCCGUGGUUUAGCUUUAUUAAGUAAUUGAGCAAAGUGCAGAUGCUAUUAUUUUUCACUACUUUUUCAAGUUGUUGCGGGCUAUGAAACCAGCAAUCAUGAACAUCACCAUCCAAUUAAAGUAGGUAAAGAGAAACCAAUCUGUAUAUCAAUUCAGAAGAGUGAAAAAAGAAAUCAAAUAGAGUGAUGACAAAAGAAGUAGAUUUGGCUUGUAUUAGGAGUGAUCCAGAAAAUUUUGAGGUAAUGAAGGAGCCUUAUGUAAUGGCCUUGAGAAAUGAGUGCGAAGGCAUUAAAACAGUGUAUCAAACCAAACGUUAUGCUUUAUUCCAUAGCCUCACUCCUUGCGGAGACGCUGUUUUCCACAUUGCAGCAUACAUGGGGAACAUAAAACUGCUCCGAGUCCUCUUCGAAAUGGUUCCGGUAUCGAGAAAAUGGGAGGUGUUGAUGAUGAAGGACAUUCAUGGCAACACCCUUCUCCAUGAGGCAGCUACCAGCAAGAAUAAUGAUGAGGGCCUUGAGGCAGUAAAAUUCUUGGUUGAGAUUGCACAUGGAGAACGAGCGACUAUGCUGAUGGACCAAAAUAGCUUAGGGGAGACGCCGCUAUAUAUGGCAGCGGCGUUUGGUACCAAAGCAACAGUGGAGUACUUGGCAAAGGAGGUGGAGAAGGAAGUGGGAAGUCUGCAAGGCAACUUCACAAGAAGCUAUGAUAAUCUCUCCAUUCUUCAUGUUGCUAUCAUGAAUGAAAAAUUCGAGACAGCAAUUUGGUUACUAGAAAAAGAUCUAGAUCUGGCAAUGCUGAAGGAUUUUGAGAAGACAUGUCUUCAAGUUCUCGCAAGUAUGUCGAUUGCUUUCAAAAGCUCUUGUGGGAAAAUGUUUAGAUUGGAGGAGAUUAUAUAUAGAAAUAUUCCAGGCAACUUAUUCCAUAGAGAUGAAACUAAUAAGCACGUACCAUGUCAAUGUUGCAAGGCUAGGAAAGACCAUCAACCAAUGACAGGUUUAAGCAUGGACCGUCGUUUUUGGAUUCGUUUCUGGAGGAUUCUUAAAAGAUGGAAUUAUAUUAAAGAAAUAGGGGAAAACAAAACGAAGCAUGAGUUAGCAGGUAAAUUAGCCGAAAUGCUGGUAAAGAAGGAUUGUUCCUCGUGGCGUAAACACUACCAUUUAGAAGAGCACAACACAGAUUUUUGCCUUUUAAGAGCCAAAGAAACAGUUGGCGGAGAAGAGAGUGAUAAGGCGUCGUUCCAAACCGCAGGUAUUGGCACCGCCUUUGUGUCACUGUCAGAUACUCCGUUGAUUAUUGCUGCCAGCACAGGGAUCCUGGAGAUCGUGGAGAUGAUUCACAAAGAGUAUCCUCAAGCGUUGCUUCAUGUGACCGAGAAUGGACAAAAUAUUCUACAUGUUGCCAUUCUAUACCGUCAACACCACAUCUUUAAAUAUGUCAACGAGGAUGGUGAACCGGUCAUGAAGCGCAGGCUGGUUUUGGGGAUCGACAAAGACGGUGACACCAUUCUACACAAAGCCGCCCGUACCAAUUACUACCACGGAGGAACCAAAUUAUCGGCCGCUCUGAACCUGCAAGAGGAGCUGAGAUGGUUCAAAGAUGUGGAAAACAAGGUUCCUGCUCCUUACACAAUCCACCGCAACAAGAAAAAUGAGACGGCGAAGGAGCUGUUCAAAGACCAGCACAAAGACCAACUCAAAGUUGCACAAGAAUGGGUUAAGAACACCAGUCAGUCGUGCUCUGCCGUGGCAGUCCUAGUUGCCACGGUUGUCUUUGUGGCGGCCUUCAGCGCCCCAGGUGGUUUCGAAGAUAGCGGGCAUGUAGUCUUUGAGAUGGAGCCUCUAUAUUCUUUUUUCACUGUAAUGGACGUGGCUGGACUGGCAAGCUCAUUGACGUCGGUGGUGAUCUUCCUUUCUGUGCUCACAUCGUCACUUGAUCAGGAAGAUUUUCAUAGUACCAUACCCCGGAAACUGACGCUUGGCUUCACCUUUCUGUUCUUCGCCAUUGCAACCACCGUGCUUUCCUUCACAACCGCCAUUUUCCUCACCGUUCAUUUUAAGAAGGCAUGGACUACGUCUCUGACCUAUGCUGCUGCAUUCCUUCCGGUCGGUGUUUAUGCAAUUGUGCAGUUCAGUCUGUAUAUCGAAUAUUUCAACAGUGCUGUCAUUAGCAUUUUAGAGUUGGUGAAGAUGCUUAUUCCCGGGGUAUGACGUUUAAUUUUUUUUUAAUUUGAAAAUUAUCUAUUUAAUUAAAACAAUCGUUAGAUAUUCGUUUCUGUAGUACUGUUGGUGAAUAAUUUUUUUUAAAAAAAUGAUGAUAACUUU